UACAAGCCUCGCACCACAACUUGCAUUGCUCUCCAUCACUUAGUACUAACUAAUUCACAACGAUCGACUCUGGAAAGCAGAGGAAACAGCAAACAGAAACAAUGGCGAUCCUGGGCUGCAGCUUGCCGCAGCAAUGGCAGCAGCUGAUGACCCUCCUCCUGGUUCUCGUCGUCCCUAUGCUCUUACUCCUCUUCCUUGCAGCAACAAGAAGAAGAAGAAGUCGAAGAAGCUGGGGAAUGCUGAAAGGCGGGCGGCGCCUCCACCUGCCGCCGGGCCCGCCGAGGCUGCCCAUCCUUGGCAACCUGCACCAGCUGGGCGCGCUGCCACACCGGAGCCUCCGCGAUCUGGCGCGCCGCCACGGCCCCGCGAUGCUGCUCCGGCUGGGCAGCGUGCCGACGCUGGUGGUGUCGUCGGCGGAGGCGGCGCGGGAGGUGAUGAAGGCGCGCGACGUCGACUGCUGCAGCCGGCCGGACACGGCGGGGGCGCGGCGGCUGUCGUACGGCCACAAGGACGUGGCGUUCGCGCCCUACAGCGACUACUGGCGCGAGAUGCGCAAGCUGUUCGUCGUGGAGCUCCUGAGCGCGCGCCGCGUGGAGGCCAGCCGGCACGCCCGGGAGGCUGAGGUGGAGAAGCUGAUCGCGCGGCUGGGCCGCGCCGGCGGCACGCCGGUGUUCCUGGAGGACCACAUCUUCGCGCUCAUGGACGGCGUCGUCGGCACGGUGGCGCUCGGGAACAUCUACGGCGCGGAGCAGCUGGCGCACAGGUGGAAGCGCUUCCACGACGUGCUGGACGAGGCGAUGCGCGCCAAGGCCGGCUUCUCCGCCGAGGACUACUACCCCAACGCCGCCGGGCGCCUCGUGGACCGGCUGACCGGCGCCGCCGCCCGCCGCGAGCGGGUGUUCCGGGACCUGGACGCCUUCUUCGACGUCAUCAUCGACCAGCACCUGGACAAGCAGAAGGGCGGCGGCGCCCCCGACCUCAUCGACGCCUUGGUCGCCCUCAUGAAGGAGCGCCAGGGCGGCUUCACUCGAGACAACAUCAAAGGACUGCUCUCGAACGUGUUCACUGCCAGCGUGGACACGAGCUCGGUGACCAUGGUGUGGGCGAUGGCGGAGCUGAUCCGGCGGCCGGCGAUGCUGAGGAAGGUGCAGGAGGAGAUCAGGGCGGCGGUGGGCGACCCCAAACAGGAGAGGGUGCAGGCCGACGACAUGCCCAAGCUCCGGUACCUCAAGAUGGUGGUGAAGGAGACGCUGCGGCUCCACCCGGCGGUGCCGCUGCUGCUGCCGAGGGAGACCCUGCGGCCCGUCGCCAUCUGCGGCUACGACGUGCCGGCCAGGACGAGGGUCCUGGUGAACGCCUGGGCCAUCGGCAGGGACCCCGCGAGCUGGGGCGACGACGCCGAGGAGUUCGACCCGGGCAGGUUCGAGUCGGGGAACAAGGACGACGUGGGCUUCGGCGGCGCGCACUUCGAGCUGGUGCCCUUCGGCGCCGGCCGCAGGAUGUGCCCCGGGAUGGCCAUGGGAGCCGCUACGGUGGAGUUCACGCUGGCCAACCUGCUCUACUGCUUCGACUGGGAGCUCCCGGAGGGGAUGGCACCGGAGGACGUGAGCAUGGAGGAGGCCGGGGGGCUCACGGUACACAAGAAGACGCCGCUCCUGCUCGUGCCCACAAGAUACAAGAGUGCCGGCAGGUGCUAGCUGAUGCACGAUCGAUCCGAUCGAUCGAUCGAUCAAUGUUGUAAUAAUUGAUUGUUGUAACAAUCGACGGCUGUAGGUAAUUAGUAUUUGGAAGUAGUAAAUAAUAGGCACACCUAAUUUAUUGCGGUUGUAUCUCAUAGUAAUUUAAUCUGAUGGUUGAAAAGAAAAUGCAUGCCAGGUCUCUUGGACAAGCUUUUGUGAUUA